GGAUUUCCGACUUUAUUUGAAGGCUCACCUCCCCACCUUUCCCACCUCCACCCAAAACAGCCCGGCAAAAACGGCCAACUCGUGUCGUCCCUGCACACAGCCAUCACUGGUCAUGACAUCGCGGCCAGACAGCCCAUCCACUACCACGGCCAGCCAAGAUCUGCCCAUCGACUUCCUCGACAUUGUUGGCACUCAAGGUGCCUUCCUCGUUCCCCGCGCGGGCACACCGGUAGCCCAGGAAGCCUACGAUGACCAAUUCGUUGCUGCACUUGAACUGCACCUUGAUGCGGUUUUGACAGAACAGAUAUGCAGACGUGUCAUGUACCAUGACGCCGCCGACGACUGGCCCAUAGGGCGCACGCCACCAGAGGUUAAAGAGAAGCGCAAGGCCGAGCUGAAGGCGCUGGAAGAGCUCGAGGGGGCCACCUCUGACGAUGGCAGCGACAACGACGACGACAAAGACAAAGGCGGUAAUGAUAUUGGCGCCAGAGUCGAGCCGGGGAAAACAGUGGCAGCACCAGACCGGCCACGGAGGCCACGGAGGCCACGCCAAGCAGGCCGGUUUCCGACACCACCGCUGUCCGCCGAAAGCCCUCUGACCGCACCGCACAGGAGGAAGCGGCGGAGGAUAUCCGAGGAAGAUGACGAGGAGAAGGAGCGCCCCGUUUAGAAGCACGUCAGCUCUGCGAAAGAAGUCUCAGCCGAAGAAGUCUCAGCCACUGCAGAAGAUGCUGUGCCCAACACAUCGCAGCAGAAGGGCCGGAAGCGGCGACGGGCUCUCGACGUGGGCGAUGAAGAGGAAGGGGACAAGGAGCGCCCAACUAAGGUUCGAAUUACCACCACUCGCCCCAGCAGCAUAUGGCUGCAAAGACUUCGACCACGACCACGGCCAAGACGACCAGCUGGCUGACGAUGCCACGAUUUCUGCACUACGGCGGCUAGGCUAGCCGCUCAC